CCAGUUGCUAUUUAAGAGCCUACAACUCCAAACCGAAAUCAAGGUGGGAGCGAGUGUGCAACUUUUACACACAGGCCUUUAGGCGAAAAUACAGAGAGAGAAAACGAGAGAAAGAGAGAGUUACAGGAGAUGUAAGGCCCUCUUGCUCCUAGAGAAAGGAUUUGCCAAGCCAAUCCAAGCAAGGAUAAGAGCUUUGAAGAAUUUUGUUUCUUUGAGGUUAUGAGCUGGAGUUUGGGAAGUAUAAAGGUCGGAGUUUGGGAUGUAUAAAGGUCUUAAACUCAAUCUUUGAAGGGAGGUAAGGAGUAAUUUGCAAGAUUAUUCUUCCAUUACAGAUAUUUUAGUUUAUAGGACCAUCCUGGCUUCUGUUUCGAGAGCUGCAGUUUAAGUCACAGAAUCUGUUUUGAAUGAGGACUCGGUGAUAACCCAAAGAUUUAAAAUUUUAAAAAAUUAGCAAAGUUGCAUAUUUUCCAAGAGAAAGAACCUAAGAGCCUUGCUUGCUGUCGCAAUUCAACGUGAAGCCUCGAAUUCUCAGUUGAACACCAAAGAUGAUAACAUACUUGGAUCACUUUGUUCGCAAAACCGAUUCCAACUCAAAAGAUGACGAUGUUUCAACCUUAUGCAAGGCUUUAGACCUCCAAGGCAGUAUCGAUUCUGGGGCUACUGAUGUAGCCAGCAAAGAUUUCGGUGGCAUGAAUUACAUAAAACCCUUGGCCUUCAUCAGGCCAGCUAGCACAGACGAUGUGGCAAAGGUGGUCAGAGUGGUUGCACGGACAUCCAAUUUGACAGUUGCAGCUCGCGGCAAUGGACACUCCAUCAACGGCCAAGCUAUGGCGGAUCGAGGGCUCAUCAUAGACAUGCGAUCUUUGGAAAACCAUUUCCACUUGAUAAGGAUUAAUGGAUUGCCCUAUGCCGAUGUCUCUGGAGGGGCAUUAUGGGAAGAUUUGUUGAAAUGGAGCGUCUCAAAGUUUGGCCUCGCUCCAAGGUCUUGGACCGAUUACCUAAGUUUAACUGUUGGUGGAACUUUAUCUAAUGCCGGUGUGAGUGGCCAAGCGUUUCGUUAUGGACCACAAACUUCAAAUGUAACAGAAUUAGAGGUCGUGACAGGUAAAGGCGAAACAUUGAUUUGCUCCGAAUUCGAGAACUCAGAACUUUUCUUUGGGGCUCUUGGCGGUCUUGGUCAAUUCGGUAUCAUUACAAGAGCUAGCGUGUUAUUACAGCCAGCACCAGAUAUGGUGAGAUGGAUAAGGUUGGUCUACACUGAGUUUGAGGACUUCACUAGGGACGCUGAGUUUCUGGUGAGUAUAAAGGAGAGCGACUCUUUCGAUUAUGUGGAAGGUUUCGCCUUCAUCAACAGUGAUAGCCCGAUGACAGGACGACCCUCGGUACCAUUGGAUCCAAACCAGGACUUCGACCCUAUUCAUCUUCCUCCAACCGCUAGCUCCAUUCUCUACUGUCUUGAACUGGCUCUUCACUACCGGAACACUGAUCAUCCUUCCACCGUUGACACGGGUGUUAAUAGACUGCUCGCGGGGCUAGGAUUCGUUAAGCUCUUGAAGUUCGAAGUGGAUGUCAGCUAUGAAGAGUUUCUAUUGCGUGUGAAACGUGCAGAGGAACACGCUAAGGCUAAUGGGAUUUGGGAUGCACCACACCCUUGGUUGAACUUGUUUGUGUCAAAGUUAGAUAUUAUUGACUUUGAUCGGAUGGUGUUCAAGAAAAUCCUGAAGGAAGGAGUCGGUGGGCCAAUGCUGGUCUACCCUCUGCUGCGUAGCAAGUGGGAUAAUCGUACGUCUGUGAUGCUACCUGAAGGUGAGAUCUUUUACCUUGUGGCAUUAUUACGUUUCACUAGAAAGGAACCCUCAGCAGAAAAAUUGGUAGCGCAAAACCAAGAAAUUAUUCAAUACUGCAUUAAGAAGGGCAUUGAUUUCAAGUUAUAUCUCCCUCACUACCGCUCACAAGAGGAUUGGAAGCGACAUUUUGGGAAUCAAUGGUCAAGAUUCGUCGAGAGGAAGGCACGUUUUGAUCCAAUGGCUAUCCUUGCACCCGGACAGAAAAUUUUCUCCAGAAUUCCUCAACCCUAGUUAUUACUUAUUAGUGGUACUACGAGCUUGUACUACCAAAUUAGCUUUGUUAAUGCGGCCUCCUCAAUUAUAAUAUUGUUGCCAUUUGUUUCUAAUAUCCAUUGGGGGGCAGGGUCAGUACCAAUGUUUCAGUUGACAAAAAUUGGUGAAGCAUUGUAAAGGAAUAUUUGAACAGAAAAUUUUGAUCCUUUUCCAUUGUAUGAUGAUCUCUUUUUCUCAGAAAUAAUACCAGCCCAAAAAAAAAUUUAUUGGAAAAAGAAAAAGUCAAUGAUUUGACUAUCA